AUGGCCGUGUCCGACACGUGUUUAGACCUUUGCCCUCUCUCGAACCGUCCCCGCUGUGUGCGGCGACGCGCGUCGCUCCUGUACCGUCGGGCUGUGACGAAAGGGCUGUUACCGACUCCCUUUGACGUGGUGUCCUACGUCCUCGGGAUCGAGGGGAGGCCGUACACCAUCCACCUGCAGCAGCAUGUUUUUUUAUCUGAUGAUUUCAGGAUUUACGUGUCUAAUGAGAAGGGAUCUUCACGCUCUGACUCAACCCGUUUCAAGGGCGGCUGCCACUACCGGGGGUACGUCGAGGGCUUCCCCAGCUCGGCAGUGACCCUCAGCACCUGCUCGGGGCUCAGGGGCUUGCUGCAGUUUGUGAACGUCAGCUACGGGAUCGAGCCCCUGGAUUAUUCUCCUGCGUUCGAGCACUUUGUGUAUCGAGUGAGUGAGGAGAAGACGGCAGGUUCCCUCUUGGCCACCGGCCACCCCGAGCGGGGCCUCGGCGGGCUGACAGCGGAGGAGAUGUCGCGCAAAGCGCACGGAGGGGAUGAAUCAGUGUCCAAAUACCAGCAAGAGAUGGCACUCUACGUGGUUUUGGAGAGGGCUUUGUUCGACUACCUGGGAGGAGAUGAGUACGUUGUGACGCAGAAGAUCGUUCAGGUCUCCGGCUUGGUCAACAGCCUGUUCCGGUCCCUUGAUCUCAGAGUCACGCUGUCCGCCGUGGAGGUGUGGAUGGACAACGGCACAGUUCAGACAACGGGGGAUGGAGGGGAAGCGCUGGCGCAGCUGUUGGCGUGGAAGCGGUCCAGCCCCGCUCUGCAGCCCCACGAAGUGCCGUAUCUGCUCCUAGGUUUCGGCGGGACAAAAGCCUUUAGCAGCUGCAGCAUCAGGGACUUCGAAACCUUCCUGAAGCAGAACAGGGACUGCCCUUUCAUCCGACACGCUCUGCGUCAGCCUUCCUACCGCGGGGCCGUCUGCGGCAACGGCGCGGUGGAGCCCGGCGAGCAGUGCGACUGCGGCGCGCCGGAGGCCUGUGCGUCAGACACGUGCUGCGCUCCUCAGUGCACCUUCAAACCGGGAGUGAAGUGCUCCGUGGGAUUGUGCUGUGAAAACUGCCAGUUCAAGAAGAAGAACUCACAGUGCCGUCCCGCCGCCGACGCACAGUGCGACCUGCCCGAGUUCUGCAACGGGUCCUCCGCGUCCUGUCCCCCCGACCUGCACGUGCAGGACGGGCACGGCUGCGAGCGCGGCACCGGCUACUCCUACCAAGGACGCUGCCAGUCUCCGGACCUGCAGUGCCGGCAGCUCUACGGGAGAGGUGCAAAAAAUGCUCCUUUGGCCUGUUACGAAGAAGUCAACAGCCAGCAGGACAGGUUUGGGCACUGCGGCACCCACCCAAGGGACGGCUACCGGCCCUGUUCCUGGCUGAAUCUGGAAUGUGGAAAGUUAGUGUGUGUAUUCCCGAACCGUAUUCCCUUCACAAAAGUCAAGGGUGCCGUAAUUUAUGCCCAAGUGCAAGAACAUCUCUGCGUGUCUUUCGAUUUUAUGCUGGGACCCACAGCGCCGGAUCCUCUCCUGGUGAAAGAAGGCACAAAGUGCGGUCCCGGAAAGGUUUGUUUGAAUGGCACGUGCCACCCACUUUCGGUCCUGAAGUAUGACUGCGACAUGCAGAAAAAAUGCCACGGGCACGGAGUGUGCAACAACAAGAAGAACUGCCACUGCGAUCCGGGCUGGAACCCCCCCCACUGCAAGACUCGAGGAUCCUCCGUAGGCGGAAGCGUUGACAGCGCGCUGGGUGCCGAUGAGACCACCAAACCCCCUGCCCUGGCCGUGCUGAAGAACGGGCUGUGGCUGAGCUGCGGCGGCGUCCUCCUCCUCGUCCUCAUCUGUGCCAUCGUCAUGAUUACAAAGUGGAGACGGCUGAGAAAGUUCUGUGCAAGGAGGGGGUCACAAGCGGCUGGUCGGCAGCGUGGCCCCCACCAGCGUGAACCCACGGGCAGGGGGUUCUGUUCCUGUGCAGUGCGAUUAGGUCAGAAGCGCACAGACCCCCACUGCAAGAGGGUGGGAUUACCCCCCGGCAUCCCCGAGGGCUCUGCCCGCCUCCGGUGCGGGCGCGCUACCGGCACGCCAUGCGCCACUGCCGAGUAA